AUGAGCUUGACGCUGGCGACCCGACCGAGCUCGCCGCCGCCGGCGCGCCAUGGCAACCACAGGACCGCGCACAUCUGGGAACACUUUGUGAAGCGCGCCGACCUCGGCAAGUACCACAACAACUGGCGCGUCGAGUGCAAGCACUGCCAGGCGGCGCACGAGGCCGGCCAGAGCGCCGCGCCCGACGUGCUCAUCUCGACCAAGCCCAAGAUGAUUGCGCACCUCAAGGGCUGUUCGUUCGCGCCGCGCGCGGAGCUCGCGUACCUCGACCUGCUCGAAGCCGAGCCGCGCAUCCUCGUGCGCAGAGACAAGCCGACACACGUGACGAGCGACAUGCACAGCAAGGACGCCUCGUCGACGCUCGAUCCCGAUGCGCACCUCUCCAAGAAGGCGCGCGGCGACAAGAUCAAGAUUGCGCGGCCGCACGUGAAGCGCACGCACACGUACCAGAACCCUGCGACCGCCCACGUCUGGGAACACUUUCUCAAGCGGCACGACCUCGAAAAAUACUACAACAACUGGCGCGUCGAGUGUAAGCACUGCCGGGCCGCGUACGACCAGCGUGGCGACGACAGCCAAGUGCCCGAGCCCAAGAUUAUCAUCUCGGCCAUGCUCAAGAUGAAGGCGCAUCUGAAAAAGUGCCCGUACAUUCCACCCGGCGUCGUCCUCGCCAUGGACCUGCAGCCAUCGCCGCCCAAGUCGACGGCCGGCCUCGCGGCCAUCCGCGCGCUCGUGCCACGGCGCAACGACAAGUGCAUCGUGGCCGUCCGGUCCGACGUGGAGCAAGAGCCGUUCUGGAUCGCGUGCUUGGUCGACGAGGUCGACACGGCGGCGACGCCGACCGAUCGCGUCGUCAACGUCACGUGGCUCUCCAAGACGAGCCGCGGGUUCUACAUUUACGCCAACGACGACACGGUCCCUUUUGGAUCGAUUCUCUGCGAAGUCUCGCUGGACGAGAUCCACCCGGACGAAUUUGCCAUCCCGCGCAUUUUUCUCGACAAGAUUCGAGAUGCCUUGGCGCGCAACACGACGAUUCCAUUUGUCUACAAGCGCAAGCAGCGGGACGCAGCCGCCACGAGGCCUGGCCACCCGCUCCCGUCGCUCAAGCGUCAAAAGGUCGAGCCGCAGACGUCGUUUUUGACGCUGCCGACGCGACCCGUCGACGUAAGCAACCACCACCGGCGCACGGCCAACUACCACAUCUGGGAACACUUUACGAAGCGCACCGACAUGGACAAGUACCACUCGUACUGGUACGUCGAGUGCAACCACUGUCGGUAUGCCUACGCCCACCGCGGCGCGACGGGGUACCCCGCCACGACGCCCGAGCCGACUCCGUUCCGGUCGACCGUCGCGUACAUGCAGACGCACCUCGACAAGUGCGUGUUUGCGCGGGCGGCCAUGGCGGCCGCGUGGCCAAGCAACACUCUGAAUCCCAACAACAGCAACAACAACAACAUCAGCAACAACAAUAGCAACAGCAACGUGCCGUGGCAAGGUGCACCGAUGCCGGCGAGCAUGCAUCCGCCGUCGUCGUCGAUGCGGAGCGUCGCACCGCCGGGGGGGCACUACCCCCUGUACCACCCGGGCCCCCCGAGUAUGGCGUUUGCAGCACCCCACGGACCACCGGCAUCGUUUCCAAAUGGCCUGCGGCUUGUGGACGAGGACGCGCAGAGCGUCACGAGCAGCGCAGCGUUUGAGGCCGAGCUCACGUCCCGAGAAGACGCGCUCGAGUCGCCCGAGUUUGCGAGUCCGAUGUGGCGCCACUUUGUCAAGCGAAGCGACGUUCCCAAGAGUUACUACUUUUGGAAAGUCGAGUGCAAGCACUGCCGGUACGCCUACGACGUGCAGCGGGCGACGCGCGACGAGCCCGUCCUUCUCAACUCGGACCCGGUCCUCAUGCGCCAUCACAUUGAACACUGCCGGUGGAUCACGGCGCCUGGCGAGAUCAUCGACCGCGUGCUCGCAGCGUCCACCGAGGUGCCGACGACGACGACGACGACGACGGAGUACGACGACGACGCCCGGGUCGUCUUCCCGGCCAUGACGGUCGUGGCCGUGCGCAGCGAUCAGAGUCCGCGGGAAUUCUGGCUCGCGCAGCUCGGGUUUGACGUGACGGCCGCGAUGCUGCGGUCACUCGACCCCGCGACGGUCGACGUGACGUGGCUCGACAAGUCGCACUCGAGCGGCAUGUACAGCUUUGGCGCCGACGAGCCGAUUCCAGUGACCUCGAUUUUAUGCGACUUGGAGCUCGAAGAGGUCGCGCCCGGCGCCUUCCUCGUGCCCCCGCUGCACGUCGACCGGAUCCAACACUAUUUGCUCGUCUAAGAUGUGCUCUAACUCGCUGUAAACAAUGAUGUCUCUUAUCGUU